CUUUAAGAUCCAGUAUAGCAAAGCGGACGGACAAGCGUAGUCACACGUUUUUAGCAUCUAGCCGUCACAAGUUUGAAGUGAUGCUCAAUGUAUAAUUGUGUUUAUAAACUUUUAUUAUAGUUCGCACCAUAGUGAUAUAGGAAAUAGUUAAAAUGAAGUGUAUAACACUGUUUAUGAGUUUCGCUGUGCUGUGGAGAAGCGUAUUUUCAGACCAGUGUGAGACUCCGUUGGGCCGGAACAGUCAGUGCGUUUCGAUCUACAACUGCCCUUCACUUCUGACGGCUUUUGAGCAGAGGCCGCUGCCUAGUCAUGCAAUCAGCUUUCUCAGGCAAUCGCAGUGUGGUUUCGAGGGAUAUAUACCCAGAGUAUGUUGCGGCCCUAUGCCUUCGCCAGCAUCCGGUCAACAAACGACAAAACGUCCUCCUUCUGUAGCCAGACCCACCGAAGGUGAAGAUCCUAAAUAUGAUGAAGACUCCUUUCCCGAGUCUCGAGACAAAUGUGGUGUAGAAACCGGCGCCGACCGCAUCUAUGGCGGUCAGAUUACGGAGCUGGAUGAGUUCCCGUGGAUGGCACUUUUAGGAUACCGACCACGUAAUAAUGGACAAUUGACUUACCAAUGCGGUGGUGUACUGAUCAACCAUCGUUACAUUCUAUCGGCAGCUCAUUGCGUUGUUGGUGAAAUAGAAAAAGCUGUUGGAAAACUGACAUCAGCCCGUUUGGGUGAAUACGACACGCAGACAGAUAUAGAUUGUGAAGCGUCCGAGUGUGCUGACCCUCCACAAGAGAUCUCGGUGCACUCUGCUUAUCCUCAUCCUGGAUUCAAUGACAGAAACAAGAAUAGAAAAGAUGAUAUUGCAAUUAUAAGACUCGCUAGAAGAGCUACUUAUUCGUCUUAUGUUCAACCAAUCUGCCUUAUAGACAACAGAUUCCGACUGAGUGCCGGUGAUGACGUAUUCGUAGCUGGCUGGGGGAAAACCCUGGACGGAAAGAGCAGUCCUAUCAAGCUCAAGCUCAAUUUGCCGAUUUUCAAGAAAUCUGAGUGCUCAACGAAGUAUAGAACCCUUGGAGCAGAUUUGACUGACAACCAGUUGUGCGCUGGUGGAGUGUUUGCACAGGAUGCGUGUAGAGGAGACUCUGGUGGACCACUGAUGAGGAAGACUCCUUCAGGAACUUGGGAAACGGUAGCCGUUGUCUCGUUCGGAUACGGCUGCGGUAGAGAUGGUUGGCCGGGAGUGUAUACGUCUGUAGCAAAUUAUAUUGACUGGAUACAGGAAACUAUAGCUACGUCCAAUGUUUAGACUUAAUUUAGAUUACAAUUGUAAUUCAAUGUUUUGUACUAUAACGAUAAUUUCACUUGGACUGUUUUCAUUGCCACGAGACUUAAAGGAAACAGAAAAACAUUUCAAAAUAGCGUUUUUAAUGCUUAGGGGAACUUAAUGUACCUAUUAGGAACUGUAGACGUAACAAUAUAUACUUACGUUAGUGGAUAUUACCACGUUUAUUCUAAGAACAGAUUAUUACCACAGACGUUCAAUAUAAGGAAAAUCCACUGGCGGUUUUACGCCUUCAUUAUAUUUUAUCAUCAAAAAUUAAUGUUCUUGCAUGGGUACAAGAACGAGGGUAUUUUUUGAUAUAAUUAAAAAUAAUGUUUAAAAUUAUAUAUUUACUUUACUAAGUCAAUAAGUGAAUGUCUUGUGAUAAAUACACGUUUUAUAAUAAAAAAACAACAGACUGCAAUAAAAAUGCAUUUCCAAUCUAA